AUGUUAGCGUUCCUGAGAGGCACAGCAGAGAAAGACUUCUCAAGAUAUGACUGCUUUGUGAGUGUCAUCCUUAGCCAUGCAACAGAAGGUGGAAUCUAUGGUACAGACGAAACAGUGAUUAAAAUUGAGGUAAUCACAUCUCUCUUCCGACGCAACGAGUGCCCCUCACUGGAAGGGAAACCAGAAAUAUUUCUCAUCCAAGCUUGUCGCGGUUCUCGACGAGAUACAGUACCUGUUGACGGUGACAGCGACCCCAUUCCACUUUCAAAUUCAUCGUUGCCAACAGAUGCUGAUUUUCUCCUCUGUUUUGCUUCGGCUCCAGGCCAUCAAAGCUACCGUCAGCGGCUGGUCUUGGUUCAUAGUUCAUCUCGUCUGUUGUUGACGUGUUCAAGGAAUAUGCAGAAAGAGGACAUUAACAUUUAUUAG